UCUGUGUCAGAGGAAAUGUUAUCUGUUUUUCUCACAGAAAAUGGACAGAUGAGGUCCGGUAACUAUGCAAGUCCAAUCAUCACAAGGCAGCUGGGAGGUGAAGAUGCUCUGGUACAAGUUAUCUGUUAUUUUUGGGCUGUAUGCCUCUUUGCAAGCAGGCCUCCCAUCACAGCACCCUUCUUCUCCAUCUUACGAUUUCACCCAGAUAAUUGGCGGAAAUGAAACUUAUAAAGGGCAGUUUCCCUAUCAGGUCAGCUUUCAGGAAGGAUUAUUAGGGGUUUUCGUUCACUUCUGUGGUGGAGUUAUCAUCUCUCCCAACUUUAUCGUAACAGCAGCCCACUGCGUCCUUGGAGCCGACUAUACAUCGCCACAAGGUCUCAGGGUAGUUGCAGGUGAAUAUGACCUGAAUCACGCUGAUGGUGAUGAACAAAAAGCUGACAUCAACUUCAUCAUCCAACAUCCAUUCUUCGAUGAAAUCACUCUGGAGAACGACAUUGCCUUGUUGAGACUUGAAACACCUUUAGUUUUCAACGAAUAUGUUGCGCCACUUGAACUUCCAGAGCAGGGACAGAACUUCACCUCAGAAAUGUGUGUAGUAACAGGCUGGGGCUCAACUCGUGAAGGAGGUGGGGUGUCACACAUUAUGAGGUACACUGAAAUCCCAGUCAUCAGCGACCAACAUUGUCGGGAUUUUUACAUCUUGGACGAAAUCUUUGAUUCAAUGGUCUGUGCUGGAUUUGAUGAAGGACACAAAGGAUCAUGUAAAGGAGACUCAGGAGGUCCCUUAGCUUGUGGAUCUUAUUUGACUGGCCUGGUCUCUUGGGCCUACGGAUGUGCAAGGCCAAAUCUGCCCAGUGUCUUCACCGAGGUCCCUCAUUUCGUGGACUGGAUCAGGUCUCACCUCUGAGACUAUCUCUUAAGACAUAUUUUCAGGACAUCUCAUGGCCUUUAUAUUCAAUAAAAAAAAUUUUCAAAAUAAUAAAAAAAAAAAAAAUUUCCAAAACAUCCUCCAAAUAUUAUUGUAUAAGACAUUCUUUAAGGGCUUAGAUUCCAAAAAGUUAUGCCGCUUAUUUUUUGGGGAUUGUGUACAUGUAACCAGAAAUGAAAUACAGGUAUGCACAACUUUUACGAUGUUCUGUGAAUUGAAUUCUCCAACUUUGCUUUCAUUAAAAAGCAAUAAAAAAAAUCCUCAAGCACUA